AUGACAUGUGACGGACGGACUGCCCCCGGCACCCAUUCGCCCGCUAAGGUCGAACCGCGCGGCGGCCCAAGUGCACAAAUGCGCGUCUCUUUCGCCGGAGUACCCCAUUCGGGGCUGCGUAUUAAAUUCGCCGCACAAAACCGCUCACCCGAGGCGACGCAAAGGCACCCCUGUUAUCAUAUACGAUCCAGCGUCGUCGCCCAAAUUGCUUUUUAUGCGCGGCGUCAUAAUCGGCGCAGCGGAGGCAUCGGGCUCGGCCGCAGGGCGGUGCAAAAAGCGGCCGCCGCUGGCCGUCGGGCGCGCCAAUUAUGCGGCUCGCACGCGCCGCCAAAAAAACACGGCCGGCCCAUCGCAGACAUUUUU